AAAGAAAAUGUAGACAAUCUCCAUCUAUAUAUAGACUGGCUGUGCUUCUCCAGAGCCUCUAUCUCUCUUCUUCUUGUUCAGUUGUAGGCUGCAUUUCUUGCUUAAUUUCUUUCUUUGUGUUAGUCUUUCUCCUGCGUUAUUUCUUGGUUUCUUUCUCUUUCUCUCUCUGUUUCUGUUUGUUUCGCCUAUCAGAAACUGUAGGAAAGAAAGAACAGCAAUAAUGCCUGCCGUAGGAGGGAUAGCCACUGGUAAUGGCAAAAGGGAGUACCCUGGGAACCUUACCCCUUAUGUGACUGUAACAUGUAUCGUUGCAGCCAUGGGUGGUCUGAUCUUUGGUUACGAUAUUGGGAUUUCUGGUGGAGUUACGUCCAUGGAUUCCUUCUUGAAAAAGUUCUUUCCUUCAGUCUACCGGAAGAAGGAAGAGGACUCAACCUCUAAUCAGUACUGCCAAUACGAUAGCCAGACACUGACCAUGUUCACGUCCUCACUAUACUUGGCUGCUUUAGUGGCUUCUCUUGUGGCCUCCUGGAUUACCCGUAAAUUUGGAAGGAAACUGUCUAUGCUUUUUGGUGGCGUGCUCUUCUUUGCUGGUGCCAUCAUCAAUGGCUUGGCUAAAGCAGUCUGGAUGCUGAUUCUUGGUAGAAUUUUGCUCGGUUUCGGUAUUGGUUUUGCCAAUCAGUCUGUGCCACUCUACCUCUCUGAGAUGGCUCCGUACAGAUACAGAGGAGCUCUUAACAUUGGUUUCCAGUUAUCAAUCACAAUCGGUAUCCUUGUAGCCAAUGUUCUCAACUAUUUCUUUGCCAAGAUCCAUGGUGGUUGGGGAUGGAGAUUGAGUCUGGGAGGUGCUAUGGUGCCUGCCCUUAUAAUCACGGUUGGAUCACUAGUCCUGCCAGACACACCAAACUCUAUGAUUGAACGUGGCCAGUACGAGGAGGCUAGGUCCCAACUGAAGAGAGUUCGUGGUGUUCAUGAUGUGGAUGAGGAGUUUAAUGACCUUGUUCUUGCUAGUGAAGAAUCAAAGAAAGUUGAGCAUCCUUGGAGAAAUUUGUUGCAGAGGAAAUACAGGCCUCACCUUACCAUGGCUAUAGCAAUCCCAUUCUUUCAGCAACUCACUGGCAUCAAUGUUAUCAUGUUCUACGCUCCUGUUUUGUUCAAUACGAUUGGUUUCGGCAACGAUGCUUCCCUCAUGUCUGCUGUGAUCACUGGUUUGGUUAAUGUUUUUGCAACCAUGGUUUCAAUCUAUGGUGUUGAUAAGUGGGGGAGGAGGUUGCUUUUCCUUGAGGGUGGAGUUCAAAUGUUGAUAUGCCAGGCAGUGGUUGCAGCUUGUAUUGGUGCUAAGUUUGGAGUAGAUGGAAAUCCAGGUGAUUUGCCCAAGUGGUAUGCCAUUGUUGUGGUGCUUUUCAUUUGCAUCUAUGUUGCUGGAUUUGCCUGGUCUUGGGGUCCUCUUGGCUGGUUGGUUCCCAGUGAAAUUUUCCCACUCGAAAUCCGAUCUGCUGCUCAGAGUGUCAAUGUUUCAGUGAACAUGCUCUUUACAUUUAUAGUAGCUCAAGUUUUCCUAACAAUGCUUUGCCACUUAAAAUUUGGGCUUUUCCUCUUCUUUGCAUUCUUUGUGUUGGUGAUGUCCAUCUUUGUUUAUUAUUUCUUGCCUGAGACAAAGGGAAUUCCAAUUGAAGAGAUGGGACAAGUCUGGAAAUCACACUGGUACUGGUCUAGAUACGUCACUGAUGAACAUUUUCCCAAUGGAACCCUUGAGAUGGGCAAAGGAGGCCAAGGUCCCAAGACUGUGUGAUUAAGCCUGGAUUUAUUUAGCUGCUGUUUUUAUUUUAUUUCAUUUUAUUUUACCAUUUUAGGCUUAGCAGUACAUACUACUGAUAAAAAAUGCCACGGAUUAUAUGAAAUGGUACUGAAUAUGUGUCAAAGAGCCAGUAUUUUACUUGGAAAUUGAUAAUGUGGACAGCUCGUUAUAGCCAAUUUCAAUUUCACACAAGAAGUAAUUUGUUUCUAUAA